AAAAACCCACAUCCCACGCAACUCUUUCCCACAACCCCAACUCCUCUUCUCUCUCUCUCUUUCUCUCGUAAUCUCUAUAUUUAAGGUGUUCGGUUCCUAUAGAGUUUACAAUUAUAUUGUGAAAGAAAUUAGACAUGGCUGAGGGUGAGGAAGUUCAUAAGCAAGCCCAAGAAACAUUGGCAAGGGUGGAAGAAGAAGUGGUGGUCACUGAUGUUCCACAAGCUGAGAAAGCUGCUCCCACCACAGUAGAGAAAGUGCCACCACCUGUGCCAGAGACAGAAGAGCCAACAAAGCCCAAACCCAUUAAAGAAGAGCCUGAAGAGGGUGCUGCUGAUGCUGAGGUAUCAAAAUCUGGUGACAAUAUCAAUGAUCUAUCUGGCUCCUUCAAGGAAGAAAGCACCAGAGUUUCUGAUCUUCCUGAGACCGAAAAGAAAGCUCUUGAAGAGCUUAAGCAACUCAUCCAAGAAGCCCUUAACAAGCACGAAUUCACAACUCUGCCUUCACCACCCCCACCACCCCCACCACCACCCAAAGAAGAUCAAGAAAAGCCAGAAGCUUUAGAGGAAAAGGAUAAGAACCCAGUUGAAGAAAAGCCUUCCCAAGUUGUUGCUGAUGAUGAAACUGCAAACCCAGAAUCAGAAACUGCAGCAGAACCAGAAAAGAUAGCAGAACCAGCAAAAGAAGGAGAAACAGUUGAAGUAACAGAAACAGUGGUGGUUACUGAGGUGAUUGAAGAGAAGGUGGCUGCUGAAGUUGUAGAUGAUGAUGGUGCAAAGACUGUGGAAGCCAUUAAAGAGACCAUUGUGUCAGUCUCUUCUUUGGUUCCACAAGAGCCUACUCCUACUACUUCUGAAGCAACAAAAGAGGCAGAAGAGAAGGCAGCUCCAUCCUUGGAGGCUGAGGCAGUAGAGAAAGAUGCAAAGGUUGAGACUUUAGCUUCUCUGCUUGCAGAGGAGGUAUCCAUAUGGGGGGUACCUCUUCUUGCAGAUGAGAGAAGUGAUGUGAUACUGUUGAAGUUUUUGAGGGCAAGAGAUUUCAAAGUGAAAGAUGCUUUCACCAUGAUCAAGAACACGGUUAGGUGGAGGAAAGAGUUUGGGAUUGAUGAGUUGGUUGAACAAGAGUUGGGUAGUGAUUUAGAGAAGGUGGCGUUCAUGCAUGGGUUUGAUAAGGAAGGACACCCUGUGUGCUAUAAUGUGUAUGGGGAAUUCCAGAACAAAGAGCUUUACCAGAAUGCAUUUUCUGAUGAGGAGAAGAGGCUGAGAUUCUUGAGGUGGAGAAUUCAAUUCCUAGAAAGGAGUAUCCGGAAAUUGGAUUUCAAGCCAGGUGGUAUUUCCACCCUUGUUCAGGUCAAUGACUUGAAGAGUUCUCCUGGGCCUAACAAGUGGGAACUUAGACAAGCAACCAAACAGGCUCUCCAAUUGCUUCAAGACAAUUAUCCUGAAUUUGUAGCCAAACAGGUGUUUAUCAAUGUCCCUUGGUGGUACCUAGCAGUCAAUAGAAUGAUAAGCCCAUUUCUAACUCAGAGGACUAAAAGCAAGUUUGUGUUUGCUGGUCCUUCCAAGUCUGCAGAGACCCUAUUGAGGUACAUAACUGCAGAGCAGGUACCAGUCAAAUAUGGAGGACUGAGCAAAGAUGGUGAAUUUGGCACAACAGAUGCUGUUACUGAGGUUACUGUUAGGCCAGCGGCAAAGCACACAGUAGAAUUUCCAGUUACUGAGUCCUGCCUUCUCACUUGGGAGGUCCGAGUUGUGGGAUGGGAUGUGAGCUAUAGUGCAGAAUUUGUGCCUAGUGCACAAGAGAGUUACACUGUGAUCAUACAGAAGGCUAGAAAGGUCGCCUCAUCUGAAGAACCAGUUCUUUGCAACAGUUUCAAGAUUGGUGAACCUGGCAAGGUAGUACUGACCAUUGACAAUGCUACCUCUAAGAAGAAAAAGCUCCUUUACCGCUUGAAGACCAAGGCUUCUUCUGAUUGAAUGAAUUGAAUUGUUCAAGAAAAAGAACAGUAAGGCCGUUUUGCUUACAUUCCUGCAUCCAGUUUUAUCUUCAUCAUGAUCAUCAAAGAUUGAAGGAUGGGGUUUGUUGAUUAUAGAUAGGGAAGCAAAUAUAUUUGUUGAGGGUGGUUUUUUCUGUUUUCUUUUUUAAACUGAAUGUUUAAAUAUACAUUUUGUGGUUAUUUAUUAAAUAUGAAUAUGCUUUUUUAAAUUAAAUUUGUAAUUGGUGGUGGCAUGUGAAAUCUUACUGAUGUAGAGAACAUAAUUCCAUUUCAUGAAUUGAUUUUUCGGGGGAGCUAUA